UACAUGUAUGUAGGUUAGGUACCUAGAAGCCUGAAUUAUAUUGGCUUCAAAGUUCACAUGCUCAUAUAAAUCAGCCGACUACUUCUUAAUACUUAGGUUGUUAGGAAGGCGCCAACUACCAGUUUAUGUUAAAGACUCUUCAUUGUUCGGAAUUGGCAAGAACUACUUAAAUUUCAAAAUCAAAAAGGUAUAUUAGUACCUAUCUACCUACCUUAUAUACCUAGGUAUAUAUGUAUAUAUAAAUAUCUCGGUCCCGUCUUCAAGUCUUUGAUCUAAACUCGUCGACCACUAUUACCACAAGAACAAUCGCAACCGCCUGGACGACGCACAAUGGAUCCUUCUAAUUGUCACCGUUCGAGCUACAAGUGCUACCCAUAUCUUACCAAGGCGGAGUUUUCUGAAGUAUGCCACUAUCUGGACAGGAGAUAUCGUCGUGCCACACUAGGACCCUUGCGCAAAGAAUGGCGCCUUCAUGUUCACACGGCGUUGGAGUUGUCCUUUGAGCCUGGCUCGGGGCGUACUACCUUUCUACAAGUCACACGACCUCUGGACAAUAGAACGGCUGCUGACGAUGAGCUGGCGGCUAAGAUGGGUGGCGUCUCCUUGGGCGAGGAUCAAGAUAUGCAACUGGAUGCCGACGAAAUGAUGGUCAAGAUGGAAGAUUCGGAUAAGGAAAUCGUUUCUAAACGACCAUCUCGGGCACACUUCCAAGCGGGCCACGUCAUUUAUGAGAUUCAUUUCCAUCCGACGUAUAGCUCACCCUGUCUCUGGUUCACUCUACAUGGUCUACCGGCUGGAGAGUCACCCCUCAAUAUCGAAACUGUCUUCCGUUAUUUAGUCCCUGAACAGUUCAAAGAUUCUCUCCAAAGAGUUGGCCCCAUAGGCGCCAUCUCAAUCGACCACCACCCUAUUACCGGACUCCCUUCGUUUUUCGUUCACCCGUGUGCCAUCGGAGACGCCAUGGCUGGGUUUGACUGCGCAAAGCAAGACUAUCUCAUGGUAUGGCUUGGUCUGGUGGGAGGGUGUGUUGGACUUUGGGUCCCUCAACAGAUGGCUGCUGUCAAUGCCGGCUAAGGCUCCAGGUGCCCAUAUAGUAAGGGAACGAGCCAUACCCUACAGCCCGACAACCGAUGAAAUUGAGAGAGAGGCUUUAUCCUGAAUGCGGUCUUUCAGCGAGCUUGGUACUAGCAAGUUUUCUCUUCAUUCAUCAUCGCUAUCCUCCUCCAUCGCCACAUCUUCGUCGCUAUCUUCUUCCUCCUCUUCGUCGCGAGUUCGUUUUUGUCCGCGAGCAUCAGGACCGUUUGCAUCUGUCAUCGCAUGGUCGGAGCUCUGAGGAGGCUUCGUAGGAAGACCAUGAGGGGUGGCGGCUGCUGCAGGUGUGCUGGUGGCAGCAGUGCCAGGUGCCGGAGCAUUGAAGAUGUUCUGCUGGGCUUCCGUCAUCUCGAUAUUGGCGGCGGUUGAUCCCGGAAGCUUGUAUGUACCGUCUAAUUUCGCGAUGAUAUCCGAUUUGGACUUCGCAUACUCGAUCCGCUACAGGCACGCGUUAGUUAGACAGUCCCAAGGCAAAUAAGUG